UCGUGAGAGAGAGAUACUGGCAUGGCGCUUGGAAGGUUUCUCCCAUUCGGGCUCUUUUUACUCAUCGCUUCCCUGUCACAUGCCGGAGGGGCUCCGUCACGUGACAACCCGGCUCCGCUUAAUAGGAGCAGCUUUCCUCCUGGUUUCAUUUUCGGUACUGCCUCUGCCUCUUAUCAGUAUGAAGGGGCAGUUAAGGAAGGCGGUAGAGGCCCAAGCAUCUGGGAUACUUACACUCACAAGCACCCAGAAAGGAUAAGGGACCGGAGCAAUGGAGACGUAGCUGUGGAUUCUUAUCACCGGUACAAGGAAGAUGUGAAGAUUAUGAAGGAUAUGGGGAUGGACGCAUACAGAUUCUCCAUCUCUUGGACCAGGAUAUUGCCACAUGGAAAUCUAGGUGGGGGAGUAAACGAGGAAGGCAUCAGAUACUACAACAACCUCAUCAACGAGCUCUUAUCCAACGGUUUGCAGCCGUUCGUAACCCUCUUUCACUGGGAUUCUCCCCAAUCCCUCGAAGACGAGUACGGCGGCUUCUUGAGCCCAAAAAUCGUGGCUGAUUUCCGCGACUACGUUAAUAUCUGUUUUAGAGAAUUCGGAGACCGGGUGAAGCACUGGAUCACCUUAAACGAGCCAUGGAGUUUCAGUGUUGGUGGAUAUGCGGUUGGCAAUUUAGCACCUGGGCGGUGUUCUUCGGGGGACGCUGGGAAUUGCAGCACAGGGAAUUCAGGCAGUGAUCCUUACAUUGUGGGCCAUCACCUAUUGUUGGCCCAUGCGGCUGUCGUGAAACUAUACAAGGACAAGUAUCAGGUAUCUCAAAGGGGCAAGAUAGGAAUAACACUGAUUUCCCACUGGAUGGUCCCCUUCUCUGCAUCUAAGGUGAACGAUGAUGCAGCUAAAAGAGCCAUCGACUUCAUGUUGGGAUGGUUUUUGCAUCCCUUAACCUACGGUGAAUAUCCAAAUAGCAUGAGAUCCAACGUAGGAAAUCGGCUCCCAAAAUUCACCAAAAAGCAAUCUAAGAUGGUGAAAGCUUCGUUCGAUUUCAUUGGAAUGAAUUAUUAUACAGCGAAUUACGCACAUCAUAAUCCUCAAUCAAAUAACGUUCCCGCCAGCUACAAUACCGAUGCUCAUUGUAAUCUCACAACGGAGCGUAAUGGGAUUCCAAUCGGCCCCAAGGCUGCUUCCGCAUGGUUGUGUGUGUACCCACGAGGUAUACGACGUCUGUUGGUCUACGUAAAGCAAAAAUACAACAACCCCAUUAUUUACAUUACUGAGAAUGGGGUGGACGAGUUCAACAACGAGACAUUAACGCUUCAAGAAGCUUUAGAAGACAAAAUGAGAAUCGACUACUACAAUAAACAUCUCUCUUUCCUUGAAAGAGCCAUCAGGAUGGACAGUGUGGAUGUGAGGGGCUACUUUGCAUGGUCGCUGUUGGAUAACUUUGAAUGGGGAGAUGGCUACACCGUACGAUUCGGUCUUAAUUACGUGGACUACAAAGAUGGGUUGAAGAGAUACCCAAAGAAGUCUGCAAUUUGGUUUCGAAACUUCCUCAAAGGGUAGACAUGCAUACUUGUAUCUUCCACAUUGCACCUAGAUUAUGUGUGCAACUACUGCAUUGUAACUUGCCCAACUGUAGGACUUAAUGGAUCCAGAUCCGGAUAUCCUAAUAAAAUGAAUU